AUGUCUAACCCGAAAUUUAGAAUCGCUAUCUGCGGAGGAGGGGUAGGUGGUUUGACAUUAGCUGUUGCUUUGUCCCGGCACCAGGAUAUUGCCGUUGACGUGUAUGAAGCCGCGCAGAGCUUUUGUGAGAUUGGGGCUGGUGUUGGUGUCUGGCCCAGGGCAUUCAGGGUCUUACGAAAAUUGGGGCCCGACUUCGAACAGCAACUGCUUCAACGCUGCGGUUACGAAUACACAGAAGAAUAUGUCCCAGCUGUUAGGAGCCGUAAAAGUGAUCAAGCUGUCGGCAUUGAGCUGUUUGACUUGAUGACGAAAGGCAAACUUAUGCGUUUCCAUCGAGCCGACUUCCAUGGCGUACUACUCUCAUUUCUUCCGCCGUCCUGCACAACGCACAACGCCAAGCGACUAAUAUCAUAUACUCAGCCCUUGGAAGACUGUUCAAGAAAUUCACCAAUUACGCUAACAUUCAAGGAUGGAUCGACUGCAAUGUGCGAUAUUCUAAUCGGUGCUGACGGGAUCAAAUCUGCAGUCCGGCCCUGCAUGUUGCGUGAACUGGCUGAGGGCAUGGAUCCCGAUGAAAAGCAGUCCGUGCUAUCUUGCAUGAACCCAAUCUGGAGCGGCGUCACUGCAUAUAGAACACUAGUUUCCGUACAAAAGCUGCGCGCGCGUUGCCCUGACCAUCGUAUCUUAAAGGAGUUUACCCAGUACAUGGGAAAAGAUGCUUACUUCCUUGCAUACCCAAUUUCUCUUGGGCAAUACGUCAACUUUGCGGGUUUCACGCUUGAACGUGAUCUCGUUGACUCGGCGUAUGAACCCGAUACAGACAUCCCUCGUCCGUCGUUCAAAGGGAAGACAAACGACGAGUGGGUUAGUGAACUCACUGCUCAGCAGUUUAUUGAGCCUUUCAAAGACUUGGAAGAGGAUGCACAACACAUUCUCGAGUGUGUAGAAAAGGGCACGCUUUGGGCCGUGCACACCGUAAAAAAUUUACCAUCCACUAAUUUCGGGCGAGUCGCGAUUAUGGGAGAUGCCGCACAUGCAAUGGCGCCGUUCCAAGGCUCCGGUGCUGGCCAGAGUAUCGAGGAUGCUUACUUGCUCAUGACCGUUCUUGGUCACAAAUCUACGACCCUAGAAAUGGUACCUAGGGCCCUCGCCAUCUACGACAAGUUGAGAAGGCCAUUCUCAUCAGAAGUAGCUCGGCGCUCAAUGCGUAGUGGCCAACUAUGCGCGUUUCAGGAGGAUGUCCCUUUGCACGCGCUUGGUGAUACGAUCACCAAAAAUUGGGAGUGGGCAUGGCUGACCGAACUAGAUGAUGCUUUGGAAGAAGCUGUCAGGCUUGUGGAGGACAGUUCGAUCGAUGUCAACUGA